UAAAUUAUUCUAAUAAUAGCGCACUCAGCUCUGGAGAAUCUACGAAGUCUCGCAUUUGGGGAGUGAUAGCUUCAGCCAUUGUUGUAAUCGCUUGCAGCUAGUCGGUAUCGCCUCGUCAGCACCACACGACGGUCGGCUACAGAAAAUAGCAGAAUCUUAUCUACAACUUUGGGGCAGAAUCGAAAUCUAUGUAGAAACCAUUAUUCCCAUUGUCAGUGCAGUCGAGUGUGGUCAAAGUUCCGUGGCCGAGAGCAAAGUUGAACGUUUCCAUCUGACAUUUUGUUAAUUGCCGCGGUUCGAUUGGAUUUUAUUGAGUAGAAGCGAGAUUCGUUCGAAAUGUCCCUUUCAAAGCCUGUGUACAACCUCCUGGGGGUUUAUUUCGAGCAGCUUUUCAAUCACCCCAUCAGGACAAAGUCUAUUACAAGUUGUGUGAUUGCGACCACGGCAAACUAUACUUCUCAAAAAAUAGGCGGCGCUAAAAAAGUUAAUAAGGAAACCCUCUAUGCCUAUGGACUAUAUGGGCUCAUUUUCGGUGGAACGAUUCCUCACUACUUCUACAUGAUCGUAGAGAAGGCUCUCAGGCAGGAUAUGAAGUUCAGGAAGCUGGUGUUCUUCUUGAUAGAACGAUUCUUGUAUGCUCCUUUGACCCAAGUUGUCUCGUUGUAUGUGCUGUCUAGAUUUGAGGGAAACAACCACAAAUUUGCAAUGAAUAAUCUCAUGAAGUUGUACGUACCAUUACUCACGUUGAAUUGGAGAUACUUAUCACUGCCAGUAUUCCUGAAUAUUUACUUCGUGCCUCCAAUGUUGCGUGUUCUUAUCUCCAACAUCGUUGGAUUUGCUUGGGUAGUAUUUGUUGCCACCAAACGAAGAAAAGCUGCAGAGGCAGCUAAAGCAGCCAAAGGAGCUGAGGCAUCCACGAGUAAAUCAUCGUAAGAAUUGUUGAUUGGGUAGAGAGUUACGUAGGUAAAUGGUUAUGGAAGUUGAGAGAUUUAAUGGGGUUAUAUUUGAUAAGCAUACACAUACAUACCAUAAGAACAAAUAUUUGUUAUUUUUUACAAUUUAAUUGUAA